GCUAUCGUACUCGAGAAUCGGCCAUAUCAUUUGUUGGUACGGUACGGUAUUGUAACUGGAGAGCCGGCGCCAAGCCAUCGGGGGCGCGUAUCACCAACGCGCGUAUAUACGUACAUAUUCGACCCAAGGCAUCUCUUCACAGACUACCUUGCGCACUGUCAAAACAUGACUGGAACAGACCUCUACGAUGAAAAAACGGGCCAGGUUUACACUCAGGUCAGCACCCCGGUUCAGUCCAUGGUGCCAGCCUGGGUAAGCGCCUGUAAUGGACGGAAACAUCUCGAAAAUGGCCAUCUACGCAAAGAACAAGGCGCAUCUUCUCUUCUCGACAUGUCUUAUCGGCGAUGUGCUCUGAAUGGCUUCGAAGCAGAUACCAUCGAGUUUCUGGGCCUGUUUCUCGCUGAGAAGCUCUACACUUUCUUGAGGAAUAGGUAA